AUCAGUCAAAGAUAAAAAAAAGAAAAAAACAAAGUGAAAACUUUUAGAAAAUUUAAUUUUUAACAAAAGAAAUGGACAAUAAAGAAGGCAUUGAUGGUACUAACAAUUUGGUAGACAAAGUAAUUUCAAAAAAUGCUAGCACAAAUUCAUUGGACACUGAUUCCAAGUCCAGUUCGAUUGGCUCGAAACAUGGUGCGGAAAUGGGCACAGCCAAAGACACACCCUUUACCUAUUUAGAGGGUGAAGAAGAUCAAGAUCAGAAAAAUGAUGUUACCUAUGUGUGUCCCUAUAGAGGACCAGCUUAUGGAGCUUUAACUAUUACGAAUUAUCGUUUAUAUUUCCGUUCUUUACCUUUACGUGAUCACGAGCCACCAGUAGUUGUGGAUGUACCAUUGGGAGUUAUAGCCAGAGUGGAAAAGAUUGGUGGUGCCACAUCGAGAGGUGAAAAUUCGUAUGGUAUUGAGAUAUUCUGCAAAGAUAUGAGAAAUUUACGUUUUGCCCACAAGCAACAAAAUCAUUCCCGGAGAACAGUAUUUGAAAAGUUGCAAUCGUAUGCUUUUCCUUUGUCCUACAGUGGACGUUUAUUUGCUUUUGCUCAUGCUGCAGCUGUAGGCAGUACACCACCAAGCGAAAAUGGUUGGGCGGUAUAUGAGCCUUUGGCGGAGUUGAGACGAUUGGGAGUGCCCAACGAUAUGUGGAGGGCCACUAAGAUUAAUGAAACUUAUGGCGUGUGCGACAGUUACCCCGCAGUAUGGGCUGUGCCAAAACAAGCUUCUGAUGAUUUCUUACGUAGAGUGGCACAAUUUCGCUCCAGAUGCCGUUUGCCGGUACUGUCCUGGAUGCAUCCUAGAUCCCAGGCUACUAUAACAAGAUGCUCCCAACCCUUGGUUGGUGUAGGCGGCAAGCGCAGCGCCGAUGAUGAACAAUAUUUGAACUACAUAAUGGAAGCUAAUGCCCAGUCUGAUAAAUUGGCCAUUAUGGAUGCCCGCCCCAGUGCAAAUGCUAUUGCUAACAAAGCCAAGGGUGGUGGCUAUGAAUCCGAGGAGGCCUAUAAGAAUGUGGAAAUACAUUUCCUGGACAUACACAAUAUUCAUGUAAUGCGUGAGAGUCUACGUAAGGUAAAGGAAGUUUGUUAUCCCACUAUCGAUGACUCGAAAUGGUUGUCUUCCAUUGAUAACAGUCUGUGGUUGAAGCACAUUAAAUGUAUUUUAGCAGGAGCUGUACGUAUUGUCGAUAAAGUGGAAACUAUGAGCACUUCCGUGGUGGUUCAUUGUUCCGAUGGCUGGGAUCGUACCGCACAAUUGACGGCAUUGGCAAUGUUGUUAUUAGAUCCUUAUUAUCGUACACUUAGAGGUUUUGAGGUGCUUAUAGAAAAAGAGUGGCUAUCAUUUGGUCAUAAGUUCCAACAGCGCAUUGGUCAUGGCGAUAAUCGUCAUUCGGAUGCAGAUCGUUCUCCUGUUUUUCUACAAUUUAUUGACUGUGUAUGGCAGGUGUCGCAACAAUAUCCCAAUGCUUUCGAAUUCAAUGAACAUUUUCUAAUAACCAUUAUCGAUCAUUUGUACUCUUGCCGUUUCGGCACUUUCCUAUGCAAUACAGAGGCCGAUAGGAUACAAGAAGAUCUCAAACACAAAACCGUUUCAUUGUGGACCUACAUCAACUCUUCUUUGGAUCAAUAUUUAAACCCCCUAUAUCCCUCUUUCACCCAGGGAGCUCAGACUAUAUUGCGUCCCAUUGCUAGUAUGCGCAUUGUUAAAAUAUGGAAGGGAUUGUAUUGUCGUUGGAAUCCCAGCAUGAGACCACAAAAUAAAAUUUACAAUCGCACUCGCGAGCUGUUGGCCUUACAAGAUCAGCUGGUUAAACAAGUUAGUGAGAAACGCUUGAAGGCCAAUAUGCGUCAAACUAUUCAGGCUUCCACACGUUUGGCUUCACCAAUGCAUUAAGGGAAUUUCGCUUUUUAAACAGUAAUUAUUUUCUUACUUUUACAUACGAUUACAUAUACAAAUAUACAUACAUAACUAAUUUAUAAAGGUUUUAUUUCAAUUACAUAAUUCAUAUUUUAUUUAACCUUGUUUAUGUGGUUAGAAAUCUCAAAUAUAAUGGAUUUAUAUAAUAAAUAUUUACUACUUUAAUAUUACACAUUGUUAUUCUAAAUAAAUAAAAA